GCUAACAACGAACCGGCGACCCGCAGCAGAGCCCUGGAUGGAGAUCGCUCAGCGCGACCACGACCACGACCUCUCGCCGGAGGCGGCGAGGAUGCUCCGCGAGAUGGCGCUGCGGGGUCGCGAGGAGGGAGUGGAGCCCGAUCUGUCGGACGAGCAGCUGCGCUCCAACGACCAGCUCCAGCAAGACGAGAUGUUAGCGCUGGAGGCAAUUUAUGGAGACAAGAUAUGCAUUUUUGGUGAAAAGGCUGGACCGCGAUCUUUCCAGAUUCAGGUUAAUUGUGAAAUUCCAGAUGGUAUCACUGUUACCGUAGAACCAUUCCAGGGUGAUGAUGAUGACCCAAAGAGCCAGUUCCUUGAAAACUUCAGUGUCAAGCACUUGGCUCCGCUAUCACUGACAUGCCUCAUGCCUCCAUCGUACCCAAGCCAUCAUCCUCCAUACUUCACUCUCGGUGUACAAUGGUUGGAUAAUGUGAAGGUCUCCUCCCUUUGUCACAUGCUCGACUUGAUCUGGGCGCAACAAGCUGAACAGGAAGUUGUUUAUGAGUGGGUGCAUUGGCUGCAGAGCUCUAUGCUUUUUCAUCUUGGUUUUGACAACGGAAUAGUCAUACGACAGCCUCAUAGUGCGCUUCCAUGCCAGCAUUACUUUUGCCAGAGGUGCAUGGAGACUUACUCAAGGAUUCAUCUCAAGGAAGGAACAGUACUAAAAUUGGUGUGCCCUGAUGACAAGUGUGGAGGCAUUAUUCCUCCUAAUCUAUUGAAGAGGUUGCUAGGAGAUGCAGAUUUUGAACGGUGCGAAAGCUUGAUGCUUCAGAAGGCUCUAGAUUCAAUGGCUGAUGUAGCGUACUGUCCAAGAUGUGGAACAGCUUGCCUGUUAGACGAGGAUAAAGCCAGAUGCUCCAAUUGCCUCUUCAACUUCUGCACCCGCUGCAGAGAGCCUUGUCACACAGGGAGGAGCUGCAUUAUUCUUACUCCAGAAGAAAAACUUCUCACCUUACAGGAACGUGCAAAGGUGCGCCGCUUGAGCAAAGGCGAAGUUGGCAUGAUAAUUAGCUUGGCAAAUGAAAUAUUUAGCAUCAAGGAAGUGCUCCGUUCUUCCGUUCCAUGUCCCCAUUGUGGUAUCGCCAUUACACGUGUGUCUGGCUGUAACCACAUGCUUUGCAGGAAAUGUGGUAAACAGUUUGACUAUGACCUUGCUGGAAGAAAUAAUGUCAGGGCUGUUGAUUUUAUUAAAGAUGUCGAGAUACAGAAAGAAGCAAGAGUGAGACUGUCCGCCAGCUUCAAACAACAUCCGUGCCCGAAAUGCCACCAGCCACAUCACAAGAUGGGGAACAACAACCACAUCCUGUGCUUGGCAUGCCAAGUUCAUUACUGUGCUCUUUGUCGGAAGGUGGUGCGGAAGAGCUCAGAGCACUAUGGCCCCAGAGGGUGCAAACAGCACACUGUCGACCCCGUGGUCGCUCAGACUAGAACAAAGAAAAAUGAUGACUCUGGAUCAGAACUUGUGUGAAAUGAU